AUGUCUCUCACUCAUUCGACAAUGCGCGUGUCUGCGGCCUCGCGGACUUCUUCGCCCAUCACGCUCGUGCGCGCCCGCUCGACGGUAGCCAGCUCGGGCUCGUCCAUGCUCGAGGCAAGGUCCAGGGUGCGGGAACAUGCGCGGAAUAUCAGCAGGUCGUCUGCGCGGAAUGCCACCACGACGGAGCAUGUGCGGCCAGAGCCUGCUCCUGGCUUCCAGCAGCUACCCCCCAAAAUCAACGUUCCUUCCCCCUCGCCAGCCUUCGGUCCUAAUGCAAUCGGACCCCUCGAUCAUUCGUUUGUCGGCAUGUCUGGCGGGCAGAUCUUCCACGAGAUGAUGGUCCGACACGGCGUGAAGCACAUCUUCGGGUACCCAGGGGGCGCCAUCCUUCCUGUCUUCGAUGCCAUCUACAACUCGCCGCAGUUUGACUUCAUCCUUCCGAGACAUGAGCAGGGCGCCGGACACAUGGCGGAGGGCUACGCGCGUGUCACCGGCAAGCCUGGUGUGGUCCUCGUCACCUCCGGCCCCGGUGCGACGAACGUCGUCACGCCCAUGCAGGAUGCCCUGAGCGACGGGAUCCCGCUUGUCGUGUUCUGCGGACAGGUAGCGACGUCCGCCAUUGGCUCGGACGCAUUCCAGGAGGCCGACAUGGUGGGCAUCUCGCGGGCCUGCACCAAGUGGAACGUCAUGGUCAAGGACGUCGCCGAGCUCCCUCGGAGGAUCAACGAGGCGUUCAAGAUCGCCACCUCGGGUCGACCAGGACCCGUCCUCGUUGACCUACCGAAGGACAUCACAGCCGGCGUCCUGCGCACGCCUUUGCCGUACAAGGCGACAACGCCUGGGCGCCCCCUUGGCCUCCCGACAAACCCCCUGCAGACCUCCGAGCACCAGACGGACAUGCUGCAGAUCCAGCAAGCCGCGGAGUUGAUCAAUCAGGCGCAGCGCCCGAUCAUCUACGCAGGCGCCGGCGUCCUGUCCUCGUCUCUGGGCCCGAAGCUGCUCAAGCAGCUCGCACAGCAAGGGAACAUCCCCGUGACGACGACGCUGCAGGGCCUCGGUGCGUUCGACGAGCUCGACGAGAAGAGCUUGCACAUGCUCGGCAUGCACGGCUCCGCGUACGCGAACCUUGCCAUGCAGCAGGCCGAUGUCAUCAUCGCCCUCGGUGCGCGCUUUGACGACCGUGUAACGGGCCGUGUAGACAAGUUCGCGCCUGCUGCACGCGCGGCCGCGGCCGCGGGCAAGGGCGGUAUCAUUCACUUUGAGAUCCAGCCAAAGAACAUCAACAAGGUCGUCGAGGCGUCGAUCGCGGUGCUCGGCGAUGUCACGAACAACAUGGCUGCGCUCGUGCCUCUCAUCCGUCCCGCACCGCGCACGCAGUGGUUUGAGGACGUCAAACGGUGGAAGGCGCAGUACCCGUUCACAUACGAGAAGAGCACGUCUGCGCCUGGCUCGAUGUUGAAGCCCCAGGAGGUCAUCGAGGAGCUCGACCGCCAGACCGCGCACCGCAAAGAGGAAGUGGUUGUCACGACGGGUGUAGGCCAGCACCAGAUGUGGGCCGCGCAGCACUACCGAUGGCGGCACCCACGGUCCUUGGUCACUUCCGGAGGUCUCGGCACUAUGGGCUAUGGUCUUCCCUCGGCCAUUGGCGCCAAGGUCGGUGCGCCUCAUAAAACCGUCGUCGAUAUCGACGGCGAUGCAUCAUUCAGCAUGACGGCUAUGGAGCUGCAGACUGCUUCGCAGUUUAACAUUGGCGUCAAGGUUCUCGUGCUUAACAACGAGUUCCAGGGCAUGGUCCUGCAAUGGCAAGAUCUCUUCUACGACGCACGGUACUCCCACACGCGGAUGUCGAACCCGGAUUUCGUCGCCCUCGCAAAAGCAAUGCGCGUACACGCUAUCCGCUGCACGAGCGCCGACGAGCUCCCAGAGAAGAUGAAGGAGUUCCUCGAGUAUGACGAGUCGAGGCCUGUGCUCCUGGAGUGCGUGGUUGAGACAAAGGAGCACGUGUUCCCGAUGGUCCCGGCUGGGAAGGCUCUCCACGAGCAGAUCCUCCAUGCGAGCUUGCGGGACUCGUAUGAUCCCACUGGGGCUACGAAGAAGGCGUGA